AUGCCAUGGAACCUGUGCAUUGGUGGAGGUCCAGCCCUGCGCACCAAUGCUCGCCCCACUGGAGAUGCUGCCGGGGAUGGAGAACCCCUGCCCGUAGAGCUGGCCCGGGACGGGCAGGGAGAGCUGCUCCCGCACCUGGUGGGCAUCCAGCCCAUCGCUUCGGCCUCCGAAAAAGGAGGAGGGGGCUGGCAGCUGGCGGAGCGCGGUGGGAGAGGAGGCGAGGCAGGCGUGUGGGAGGCAAAUCCCGGGCUCAGCCGGCCGGUGAGAGGUCUGGCGGAGAAACCGGCGGCAUGUCUGAACCUGAAACCAGUUUCAACCACCGAGCUGGUCCCAGCCAUUACUGCAUCCCCCGAGAAGGCAGACCCACUGCCCAUCAUCGUGGCGCUCGUCUGCAUCUUCCUCCUCCUGGCGACCUUCCUCAUCUUUGUCACCCUCUGCAAGCCGGAGGCGCUGGACCGGUCCCACUCUGGGACCCGUGAGUACAUGCCCCAUCACCCCGCGGAUGCCAGCGAGCCCCAGCUGAGGCUCUGGAAGCGGCUGGGUUCCCUGCGACGCUCCAUCAACACCUUCCGGAGGAGUCGGCCGGUGUCCCAAAGCCAGCUCGCCUGCCCCAGCAGCUCCCCCGUCAGCCAGCACUGGGAUGUCAUGGAGUCCACCAAAAUGUGA